GCUAUUUAUACCAGCACAGACACCAGGUAUGUUUAGAAAAAGGUGAAACCUUGAAGAGUGAAGCAUUUAAAUCCAACAGAAGCUGCAUAGUGUGAGGAGAGAAGUCAUUUUUUUACAUUUUACUUCAAGAAAAGAUGAAGUGGCCAGCGAUUUUUGUCUUGCUGAGCAUAUGCUCACAGGCUGCAGCACAAGAUAUCGAAGUAUCCGUGUUCUCUGCAACAUCGAAGAGCGCGAUUCUCAGAUGGACCAGGGUCCACGGAGCCAGCUCAUACAAGGUCAUCGCCGCCACCAAGAACUCCCCAGGCAGCCCCGUUGGUUAUGCCUUGUUUGGUCCAAACACAGUGAUGGGCACCAUCAACUCUCUGUCCCCAAACAUCAUGUAUACAUUCACAGUUGCAGCUCUGGAUAAUGCUCAAGGGAUACUAAACAUUGGAACUAUCGAUUCUUCCUCGGCUCCUGAGGUGAUGGAUCCCCUCCGGACAGUGAAGUCGAAGGACAGCAAGACUUUUAUGGUGUCUUUCAGCUUGAAGACAGGGGUGACAUCUUACAUCAUACGAUUGCAGAAUCCCAACCGCUUCAUCAGAGAAAACAUCGUGUUCUCCUCCCCCGCUGAGAUUGAGUCCCUCGAACCGUACACGAGACCUCCUGUGCCAUCUAUUGCCAAUUUCUCCAUGGUGAUAAAUAACGGUUUGGCCGGUAUCUCAGUAUCCUGGGAACGGGAUGAGGGAGUCUUUGGGUCCUUCCAGUACCAUGUGAUGAGCGACCAGAACCUCACCUGUAACUCCACAUCCAGCUCCUGCACCCUGUCUCCAGUGGGCUGCGGAGAGGUACACACCGUCCGGGUCAGCACCUCCGACGAGGCCGGGCCCAGCGACCCAUCCGGCCCCGUGGUGUUCAUCACCUUCCCCUGCCCCCCACAGUCUCUGGCUGUUGUGGAGUCGACAGAAGGAAGCUGCACGCUGACCUGGGACACGGUGACUUACGUCGACAGCUACACAGCCUUCAUCAAGAGAGGAGACGGUGCAGAGGAGAGCUGCAACACCACCAGCAGGAGCUGCACCUACAACUGCACAUGUGGCCACACAUACCUGAUGUCUGUGAUGGCCUUCAACCAGGCUGGCAGCAGUCCUGAAGGACAGGUUCUCAACUACACCACCUUGGCCUGUUGUCCAGAGGGUGUAUCCAUCUCCGCCGUGAGCACUGACACGUUUGAGAUCACGUGGACGGCCUCUCGGGGGGCAGAGCUGUACCAGACUCGAGCUGCAGACAGUUCAGAGGUCAUCCUGUGUAACGACACGGCUCCGGUGUGCGCCCUCUCUGACCUCAGCUGCGACAGUUCCUACAGCGUGGUGGUGACACCCUGCAACGACAUCAGCGGAUGCAACCGGGCAUGCAAAGCUCACACACAAAGCACAGCUCCAUGCAUGCCGAUGAAUCUGAUGUUGACUCGGAGAAACUCCUCCUGCUUCAGUGUCAGCUGGACUGCAAACAACAGGCUUGCCAAUUACACCGUGACAGCGUCGGGAGAUGACGGCACACGCACCUGCAACACCGACGGAAACGGCUGCGACAUCACUGACCUUCCUUGUGGCUCUAACUUUGAAGUCAGCGUCAUAGCAACCAGCCCCGCAGGCUUGGGUUUACCCAGCUACUCUGAAUUUUCGGAAACAGGACCGUGCUGCCCGGUGGAUCUGACAGUGGAUCAGGUGACGCAGGCAAUGAGCAAUGUGUCAUGGUCUCGCCUCUAA